AGGAGAAUGUCGAUCUGGGUCAGUUAAACUCUCACUCACCCAGAAAACCCAUUUAGCUCAAAACCCAGAAAGAAGUGAGCUUUCAUCUUCUUCUUCUUCUUCUUCUUCCAGUUUCGGAAGUAAUGGGUGGCGUGACGUCAUCCAUGGCGGCCAAGUUCGCGUUUUUCCCGCCGAACCCACCGUCGUAUAAGCUGAUCACCGACGAGCCGACGGGGCUGUUGCUGCUGAGCCCAUUUCCCCACAGAGAAAACGUGGAGGUUCUGAAGCUGCCGACUCGUAGAGGCACUGAGGUGGUGGCUAUUUACAUUAGGCACCCUUUGGCUACUUCCACUCUGCUUUACUCUCACGGCAACGCCGCCGAUCUGGGUCAGAUGUAUGAGCUCUUCAUCGAGCUGAGUAUCCACUUGAGGGUUAAUCUCAUGGGGUAUGACUAUUCAGGGUAUGGGCAAUCAUCUGGAAAGGCAAGUGAGCAGAAUACAUACGCAGAUAUUGAAGCUGCAUAUAAGUGUCUUGAAGAAAGCUAUGGUACCAAGCAGGAAGAUAUCAUUCUCUAUGGUCAAUCUGUUGGAAGUGGCCCGACUUUGGAUCUUGCUGCUCGGUUGCCUCAGUUAAGAGCUGUUGUCCUGCAUAGUCCCAUACUAUCUGGUUUAAGAGUCAUGUAUCCUGUAAAGCGCACAUACUGGUUUGACAUUUAUAAGAAUAUUGAUAAAAUUCCACUGGUCAGUUGUCCUGUUCUCAUCAUUCAUGGAACUGCAGAUGAAGUAGUUGAUUGCUCUCAUGGCAAGCAACUGUGGGAGCUAUGUAAAGAGAAGUAUGAACCGCUAUGGCUUAAAGGAGGCAAUCACUGUGAUUUAGAACUGUAUCCUGAGUACAUUAGGCAUCUGAAGAAGUUCAUAUCAACUGUCGAGAAGUCUCCGUCCCAAAGGUUCAGUUCUAGGAGAAGCACAGACCAGUUUGAGCAGCCUCGGAAGAGUACUGAUGUUUACGAAGUUUCUAGGAAGAGCACUGAUCGAAGAGAGAAACCAAAGAAGAGCACCACUGAUAGACCUGAGAAACUGAAAAACCAGUUCAUUAGUGCUGAUAAACUAGAAAAGUUAAAAUUGUCCUUAGACCAUAUGGACAGGUCUCGGAGAAGCGUGGACUGCCACGAGAAGUCCAGAAAAAGUGUUGACCACCAAUUGGAUAGAGCGCGGAAGAGUGUGGAUCGAUUGGAUAGAAUACGAUCUGGGUAAUUGGUGUUGUAAAGGCUCAUAUGCAGAUUCAAAGCAUUGCUGGUGUUGUGGGAAAGUUAUUUGGUUUUUUUUUCUUCUUAUAAUUUAUGGUAAUCCUGCUGUGUAAUUUGGCUUGUAGCAGUUGUAUAACAACGAUUGCAUUGCAUAAAAUGAGAAGGGGUUUGGUGUUAUCAUGGG